GAAUUAUUUCUUUUUUUUUUUUUUUUACUAAAAUAUGUAUACAAAUCAAAGAAUAUUGGUUCCAUUCAAACUUUUCUUCGUCGUCGCUGUGCUUCUCUUCCUAAAUGUGCUAGUGUGUGCCGCGGCACUGCUUGAAACCAAAGUUUACAUUGUGUACAUGGGAGCAAGGCAGCACGAUGAUGUGGAGCUCAUCACUUCUAGUCACCAUGAUAUGCUUGCUACUGUCCUCGGAAGCCGAGAAGCAGCUGUGGGUUUAAUGAUUUACAGUUACAGGCAUGGCUUCUCUGGUUUUGCAGCCAUCAUGACCAAGUCUCAAGCUCAAACUGUUGCAGAUUUCCCUGGUGUUGUUAAGGUCAUUCCUAAUUCCUUGUACAAGUUGCGAACAACCAGGACUUGGGAUUACCUAGGCCUAUCCUUAAACUCUGCCACUAAUCUCCUGCACGAUAGUAGGAUGGGUGAUGGUAUCAUCGUUGCUGUUUUAGAUACAGGAGUGACACCAGAGAAUGAAGCCUACAAUGAUAGAGGACUAGGGCCAAUUCCUUCAAAGUGGAAGGGCUACUGUGAGUCUGGAGAGAAGUUCGAUCCCAAGAAGCAUUGCAAUAGAAAACUAAUUGGAGCUCGCUACUUCAUUGCUGGCUACUUGGCUGAGAUAGGACAGCCUGGAAAUGUUACAGGAAUCAAUGACUACAUCUCUCCAAGGGACGGAAAUGGGCAUGGCACUCACACUUCUAGUACUGCAGUUGGUUCAGUUGUGUCAAAUGUGAGCUACAAAGGACUGGCAUUAGGAACAUUUAGGGGCGGUGCACCUCGGGCUAGGCUUGCUAUUUACAAGAUAGGUUGGGAAGAUGGCAAGAUCACAGAUGCUGAUUCUCUCAAGGCCUUUGAUGAAGCCAUUCAUGACGGAGUUGAUGUGAUAUCUGCAUCAUUUGGGGGUGAUGUGCCUUUAAGUGCUGAACUAUUCCCUCAAGCUGAUGCAACCAGCUUCGGUUCUUUUCACGCUGUUGCACAAGGGAUCACUGUGGUUGCUGCAGGAGGGAACUCAGGGCCUGCUGCUCAAACUGUGUCUAAUGGGGAGCCCUGGAUCUUAACCGUUGCUGCUAAUACACCUGAUAGAGCAUUCCCUACCCUAAUCACACUUGGAAAUGCUCAAACCUUCACGGGCCAAUCGUUGUUCACAGGGAAAGACACAGGCGUUGUCGACUUAUUUUACCCUACUGACCCAAAUUCAGGACUGCUUUGUGACGAUUUAACUCCAGAAAAUAUAUCUCCGAAUGAUACUCAGUUGGUAGCUGGAAAAGUGGUGUUGUGUUUUGCAGGAAAGCAUGGCUUAGAUCUUGAUGUUGCUGGCAUUGUAGCGGAAGCUCGAGCUGUUGUGAGAGAAAUUGGUGCUUCGGGAAUUAUUGUGUCACAGAAGCCAUUUACACUAUUGGAUGCAUACGAUGAUGAUUUCCCUAGUGUACAAGUUGAUUAUGAGGUUGGAACUAAGAUACUUCUUUACGUCCGCUCCACAAGAAAUCCAAAAGUGCGGUUAAGUCCAUCCAAAACUCGGAUCGGUAAGCCACUCUCCAGUGUUGUAGCAAAGUAUUCAUCACGUGGCCCUUAUACUAUAGCCCCAGCAAUACUAAAGCCAGAUAUAGCAGCACCAGGAACAAAUAUAUUAGCAGCAUAUGUUCCUGAAAAUCCUGCUAUCCCAAUAAGUACAUUUCAGAUUAUCAGUGGAACAUCUAUGGCAACACCACAUGUGGCAGGAAUAGUUGCACUACUCAAAGCUACUAACCCAAAUUGGUCUCCAGCAGCUAUAAAAUCCGCAAUUGUCACAACAGCAUGGACAAUUGACCCAUCAUCUGGACAACCUAUAUUCAAUGAAGGAGAGACAAUGAGUAAGUUGGCAGAUGCAUUUGACUAUGGGGGAGGGAUCAUAAACCCCAACAAAGCAAGAUAUCCUGGCCUUAUCUACGACAUGAGCACAGCAGAUUAUCUUGAGACUCUAUGUGCCAUGGGAUAUGACAGCAGGGUCAUUAGUGGACUUGCAGGACAAACCACAUCUUGCAAUAAUGGGCUUUCCAUUUUUAAUGUGAAUUUUCCUUCGAUAACCAUUCCAAAUCUGAACGGACCAGUCACUCUCACUAGAACCGUGACAAAUGUUGGACCUGUAAAUUCUGUAUACAAAGUUAUGGUUGAACCUCCAAAGGGAAUAACAGUAGUUGUAACACCAAGUACACUAAACUUUAGUCCCAAUGUCAAGAAGAUCUCCUUCAGUGUACAAAUUUCCACGAGUUAUGGCUCCGACACGGGAUACUAUUUUGGAAGCUUAACUUGGAAUGAUGGGGUGAAUAAUGUCAGAAUUCCUAUAUCUGUCAAGACAAUGUAUUAAGUAAGAUCAAGAUACUAUUAUGGGAGCUUGAUCAAUAUAUAUAUAUAUAUAUAUAUAUAUAUAUAUAUAUAUAUAUAUAUAUAUAUAUAUAUAUAAAGUUAUUUGUAUACCAUCCAUGUCAUUAAUUAAUGUUAUCAGAAUGUUGAACCACUCAAAUUGAGACAAUCAGUUCAAGAACUAGUAUCACUAGUUUUCCCUUAUGAAUAAAAAAGCAAAGCAAUUAUGUUCA